UGAUACGUGGCAGGCGGUGGAGCGGGUCGCUGUGCGGAGGGGGCGGGGCUGUGCCGCCACUCAUCUCUCAUCAUGGGACAGAACGACAUGAUGGGUGCCGCCGAGGACUUCGCCGACCAGGCUGCAGCGUUCUUACGGGUUACAAAGCAGUAUCUGCCACACGUUGCACGUCUCUGCCUCAUCAGCACGUUCCUGGAAGAUGGCAUCCGCAUGUGGUUUCAGUGGAGCGAACAGAGAGAUUACAUCGAAGCCACCUGGAGCUGUGGCUACUUCCUAGCCACUAUUUUCGUCCUUGUUAACUUGUUGGGGCAACUGGGUGGUUGCAUACUGGUCCUUAGUCGAAACUUUGUACAAUAUGCUUGCUUCGGCUUGUUUGGAAUAAUAGCAAUGCAGACUAUUGCAUACAGUAUCCUGUGGGACCUAAAGUUUUUAAUGAGGAACUUGGCUCUGGGUGGAGGGUUAUUGCUGCUUCUGGCGGAGUCUCGAUCGGAAGGGAAAAGUAUGUUUGCAGGUGUGCCCACCAUGGGGGAAAGCUCUCCUAAGCAGUACAUGCAGCUGGGAGGCCGUGUGCUGCUCGUCCUCAUGUUCAUGACUCUUCUCCACUUUGACGCAAGCUUCAUCUCCAUCCUACAAAACAUUGUUGGUACGGCUCUCAUUAUCCUGGUGGCCAUUGGCUUCAAGACAAAGUUGGCUGCCCUGACCUUGGUGGUGUGGCUCUUCGCCGUUAAUGUCUACUUCAAUGCCUUCUGGAACAUCCCCGCCUACAAGCCCAUGCAUGACUUCCUAAAAUACGACUUCUUUCAGACCUUGUCGGUCAUCGGCGGACUGCUGCUGGUGGUGGCCCUGGGACCUGGUGGGGUGUCUAUGGACGAAAAGAAAAAGGAGUGGUAGUGUUACUGGCACCUGGAGUCUUCUAGAAUAUUCUGGAUGAAAGCAGAGUCCUGUUUAACAUCUCUUCCCCCUCACCAUCUUUGGCACAACCACCUCCAUCUUGUAUCAUCGCCACCAGCAGCCAGCUGUAUUAUGAACCGUCUCUCGCACACCACCAGGAACUGGCUUUGUGGUUCCGUUACAGGCUGGUUUAGAAAAUGUUACAAGAUAGUCUUAAAAUGCAGUAUCAUGAGUUUUAAGGAGAGAUCUCUGCUUCUCUUUAAUGUAGUGUUUUUUUUGUUUGUUUUUGUUUUUUUUUAUGUGAAAUUUUCAGAGUCCGAAAUCAUUGAUUCAUCAUGUUUAGCCUUUGGUUCUGAAAUGCUUACAUAAUCCUUCACGUGACAGGCAUCCAUUUUGUGCAGUACUAAGAUGAGAACGGUUAUCGUACUUGGUUUCUACUCUUCGGUUGGAGCACAAGUCUCUGGUUUAAUUUAAAUCCUUUGUUUGCCCCCAGAAGCUGACACUGUAUGUUGUGUCCCUGGACUUUGAGUGAUCCCUUCCAUCCCUCUCUGUGUGUCUGGCCAAUCGGAAGAGAUUCGUUCUGUGAAUUAUGUCAUUAAAUUGAAAUCGUACCUCAUCUUGAAACAACAAGCCCUUUUUUUUUUUUUUUUUUAAGAUGGCCAAUUUUUUUAUUUAAUUCCCCCCCCCCCCUCCUUACUGUUUGGCCACUCUACACAAUCAGUUGCCAAAACAUGAGUUUCUUAGAAAUUCUCGAAGUUUAUUUCGUGUUUCAUUUUGUCUUCUAGGCUUAUUUUAUAGUAAAAUGUCAACUGUUUGGCGUAAAAUGAAAAAUCCUAAAUUCUGAGUGUUGCCUGUCCUCUGUUCAUGAAUGCAUUUCCAUCUAUAUUGACCUGGAUUUCACAACUUUGGCAUACAACCUUAUCACUGAGCCCUUGAGUUUUAUGUCCUUGCCUCUUUUUUUAUUGUUGGAGAAAUGUAGAGUACAGAGUGAGACUUAAUACCAUGUCUUCUACUAUUAAAGGCCUGGGGUUAGAAUGACAUCCAUUUGACUAGCAUUUUCAGGCGAAAGUUUGUAAUGCUAGCCUAUGUCAGUUUAACAUGACCGCUAUUUUACCUGCCAAGAGAUUUGCAUUUCUGUCCAUUAUUAGUCCAGAGAUUUACAUAUACUUUUCCGUACAACCCUGAAGGUGACACCUCCGCCCAUCAACUGGACAGUGAAGAAACAUCAUUUAUCCAUUUCCUCUUACUGCCAGCUUGCGCCUCAUCAGCACAUUUGCAUGUAGCAAGGCUGAUUUGCUACUUGAACUUCCGCUCCUUCUUCCAGUCUGAGAGCUGCUGUACAGGGGAUUGUAAAAGACUAAUGCCAAGCCAAAUUCAAGUAUUUUACACUAGAUGAAGUGCAAAAACACAUUUGAAUAAUUUUAUUAAUAAAUACCUAGCU